AUGGGAUUUUACGCGAGAACUUUAUUCGGUCUUUUGACCGUUUCGCUGCUGUUCCGAUCGUUGUCUGCACAGGUGUACAACCUCAGUCUUUCUAUCGAAGAGGGGCUGCCCGCGCGGACAAUCAUUGGAGACAUUAAAGCCGCGCUACCGGAGCAAAUUCACACCACUGGUUUCUUUAUUUCCGAGAGCCGAGAUUCGGACGUUUUCAGAGAUUUAGAAAUAGACGGAGGCACAGGAAUCAUCUCUACCGCUGUCGUUUUGGACAGAGAGAGUCGGGACAAAUACGAGUUUGCUGCGGCCACGCUUACGGGGGAGGUCAUUAAGAUCAGGAUAGUUGUGAAGGAUGUGAACGAUCAUUCUCCUGUGUUCCCCAGGGAAACGGUACAGCUGAACGUGUCUGAACUCAGCCCGCCGGGGACACGGUUUGAACUGGAGGGUGCGCAGGACCGGGAUGAGGGAGAGAAUGGCAUUCAGGGUUAUAGGAUCACAGACCAGGCCAUGGGGGAACUCUUUAAAGUGGAGGUGCACAGUGGCAGAGGUGGUGAGUUCACCCUAGACCUGGUCCUGCUGGAGAGACUGGACAGAGAAGCUGAGGAUUCCUACAACAUAACCAUCGAAGCGUUUGAUGGUGGCGUGCCCCCUAAAAAGGGUCUUUUGCAGGUGCUCGUCAGUGUGUUGGAUGAAAAUGACAACCCGCCGGUGUUUAACGAGACGGAAUAUCGUGCGGUGGUGUGGGAAAACGCCCCAGCGCUGACUUCAGUCUGUCAGGUUUACGCUACCGACCUUGACCUUGGCUUCAACGCCCUGGUCACCUACGAAAUAAACCGCCGUCAGAGCGACCCGAACGAGUUCUUCACCAUUGACAAGACCACUGGAGUGAUCCGUGUCAACAAACCCCUGGACUUUGAGAGUCAGUCGUUCUUUGAGUUGAUUGUGACGGCCUGGGACAACGGCAUCCAGCCUGAAUCCAGCAGCACCUUUGUGGGGGUCCGAGUUCUAGACGUCAACGACAACAGCCCGGCCAUUAGCGUUCUGUUCCUGAACCCUCCGGACCCGUCUGGGGCAGCACAGGUGUCAGAAGGGGCCGAGGUGGGUGAGUACGUGGCCCGGGUCUCGGUUACUGACCCUGAUUUGGGGGAGGUCAACAAGGUCAAUGUGUCCCUCCAAGGUGGGGAGGGGAAGUUUGCCCUCACGCCCACGGAUGACUUCCUGUUUGCUCUGUGUGUGGACGGGCCUUUGGACAGAGAGGAGAAAGAACUGUACCAGCUGACAGUUGUUGCGUCUGACUUGGGUUCCCCUCCACUCAGGAGCGAAACCUUGUUACUGGUCAAAAUAACGGAUUUGAACGACAACGCGCCGGUUUUCGAGCAGGACAGCUACGUGGCCAGAGUUCGCGAGGACGUGCCGCAGGGAAGUGCUGUUCUUCAGGUGAGGGCCAGAGACAGGGAUGAAGGUGUGAACUCCCACCUCCGCUACUCCAUUUUGCCUUCAGACCAGAACCACCUGGUCGUGAUGGACCCUGAAACGGGCUUCAUCACCACAGCAACAAGUCUAGACCAUGAGAGAGAGGCGGAGGUCUGGGCGUUGGUGGUGGCAAUUGAUGGAGGAUCUCCACCUCUCUCCUCCACGGCGACGGUCACCAUUCAGAUUGAAGACAUCAACGACAACAGGCCAGCUUUCACAAAACAGCUAUACAACGUCUCCAUCCAGGAGCACAGUGCUGUCGGGACCUGCUUCCUACAGGUGUCUGCUGUGGAUGCAGACAGUGGUGACUUUGGCACUGUGAGUUAUUCUCUCGCAGACAGUUUCCGUGGCGAUGACGACCACCCUCACUUUCGUGUCGACCCCGUGUCUGGGGAGAUCUGUGUGUCCCAGGACAUCGACCGCGAGGCUGGGCUUGUGACCUUUGAUCUCUCGGUCAAAGCUGAGGAUCAGGGAGGUCUGAGUUCCCAAACCUACAUCCAUAUCGAGGUGGAGGACAUGAACGACAAUGUGCCUGAGUUUAAUCCAGAGACAUACAUCUGCAGCAUCAGUGAGCACGCUCAGUCGGGCACCGAGAUCCUCAACGUCAUCGCCACUGACCGGGACUCGGGGAGCUAUGGACGAAUCACAUACGAGAUUCUCCCUGGAGACUCCUCCUCACUGUUUUCUGUGGACCAAUCAACAGGCACUGUCUACCUGACGUCCUCCCUGACGGAGUUGGGAUCCAGCAGCGUGAAACUGUCCGUGUCGGCGCGGGAUGGAGGAGGUCGGUCUGUGCUCCGUCCGGCGGAUGUGACCGUGAACAUUCUACACAGUGCCCAGACGCCUGCUGUCUUCCACCGUGCCCACUACAGCUUCUCCGUCCCCGAGGACGCACCAGCGGGCACCUCUGUGGGCAUCGUCCAGGCUGCCAACCCUGCCAAUUCAGUGGAGUCUGUUUCAUACAGAAUCAGCUCUGGUAACCCUCAGGGUCUGUUCUCCGUGGACACACAGUCAGGGCUGAUUACUGUGAGUGCAGAUCUGGACCGGGAGUCCCAGUCGUACGUCCUGCUGACGGUUCAGUCUCAAACGGGCACCGUCCCCGUCUACAGCACCACACGAGUCAACGUCAGCCUCACAGACAUCAACGAUAACCCCCCCGCCUUCUCCCAGUCCUCUGACCACAUCAGCGUCUCCCGGAACACGCCCCCUGGCACGCUGCUCUUCAUCGCGCACGCCCACGACCCUGACAACAGCACCAACGGCACCAUCAGCUACACCCUGCACCCUGACAGCCAAAUCUUCACCCUUCACCCACACCUGGGUACCCUCACGCUGAACGGGAGCCUGUCCCAGGACACACGUCCACGCCACGUGCUGGAGAUUGUAGCAUCAGAUGGAGGAAGCCCUCCGCUUAGCUCCACCCUCACGUUAACGGUGCAAGUGGAGCCCUCUGGUGGUGGGGGUGGAAGUCUGGCGUUUGAGACGCUGCUGUACCAGGUGGAGAUUGGAGAGAGCGCGCAGAGAGACACGCGCGUGAUACAGGUGCGAGCACACGGAGCCAGACCACACCGUGGAGACCUUGUCGACUCAACGCCACCGGUCCUCACGUACUCUCUGGAGCCUCUGUCCACACCUCCACCCGUCCUAAUCCACCCAGAGAGCGGCUGGCUCUUCCUCUCCGAGAACCUGGACUACGAGAUGGUGCCCACGUAUCGAUUUCGGGUUCUGGCGACGGCACGGGAUGACAAAAGCGCGUUGGUAGCCACGGCGACGGUGGUCGUCAUGGUGCAAGACGAGAACGAUAACGCGCCGGUGUUCUGCCGGGAUGUUUACUUCCUCAGUAUGUCGGAGGGGCCGACUCCCCAGGGACUCGUCGGCACCGUCAAAGCCACGGAUAAAGAUUCCCGCCAAAACGCGCAGCUGUCCUACAUCUUACUCUCGGACACCAGACACUUCCGCAUCAACGCCAAAACAGGUGAGAUUAUUAACUGGGUGGCUGUAGAUCGGGAAGAUCGUCCACACCAUACUCUGAGGGUGAUGGUGACGGAUCAGGGUCGACCGCGCCUAAACUCCACGGCCACCGUGCACAUCCAGGUCACCGACAUCAACGACAACACCCCCCAUUUCACACACCUGCCUGCCACCAAGGAACUCAGUGUACAGGUUUGGCCAGGCCUCCCGACCGGCUCUGUGGUAACCAGUAUGUUCGCCAAAGAUCUGGAUGCGGGGGAGAAUGGAGCAGUUACAUUCACACUCAGUGCAGAUGAUGAUUUUGGGCACUUUGAGAUCGACAGACGCAGCGGAGACAUCAGAACAACAGCACGAUUCUCAUCAAACCCUCAGAAGCACUACACCCUGACCGUGGUUGCCACUGACAACGGCCACAUCCCGCUGGAGGAGAGUGCCAUUGUCCACGUGCAGCUUCAACACCUGGAGAGACAAACUGGCCUCCCUGAAUUUCUGGGUCUCAGACACUUCACGGUGAGAGAGGAUGCCAGGUUGGGAACUGUUAUUGGUUCACUCAAGGUUCCAGGGGGUGAUGGUUCCAGACGGUUGCGUUACUCCAUCGUAGAGGGUGAUGGCUCUUUACACUUUGGUGUAGACGGUGUGUCAGGUGACCUGUACGUGGCUCAGCGUCUGGACUACGAAGCCACACAGCGCUACUCACUGGUGGUGCGUGCCGAAGCCACGCCCACCGUUAACGCUACUGCCCUGGUUGCCGUGACAGUGGAGGACGUCAAUGACCACGCGCCCUGGUUUCCAGGGGACCAGAGCGUGUUGAUGUUCGGCCUUUCUGAAGAUGUUGCCGUGGGAACAGCAGUGUAUACCUUCAAUGCCCGAGACGGUGACGCCAGCCUGCGCCACAGCGCCCUACGAUACUCUUUGACCUCUGACCCACCCACAGGCCAGCUGCCGUUCCGCAUCAACCCCCACACUGGGGUCGUCGUGACUACCGCUCCGCUGGACCGCGAGCGCUCACAGAGCUUCGCUUUCACUGUGACUGCCACUGACCAGGCGCCGUCGCCUAGCAACCAGAAACACGCCUCUGUCACAGCCCAGGUGUUCCUUCUGGAUGUGAAUGACAACAUCCCCGCCUUCGUCUCCUUGGAAACGGCUCACGUGGUAGAGGACGCGGAGGCGGGAACUUUGGUACAUCACGUGAUGGCAAAAGAUGGAGAUGAAGGGAGCAACGGAGAGAUAAUGUAUCGUCUGCUCUCGGGAAACGAGAGCGGACUCUUCACCAUAGAGGAGAGGACAGGUUUGCUGUACUUGUCCGGUUCUCUGGACUACGAGUCCCAGAACGUCCACACUCUGGUGGUGGAGGCUUCAGAUAAUGGUCACCCUUCCCUAUCCUCCACCCAAACCCUCAGUGUGGUGGUGAUGGAUGUCAACGACCAGCCACCCGUGUUCCAGUUCAGCGUCUACAAUGCUAGUGUCGGGGAGAACAAGGAACCUGGAGAACCUGUCAUAAAACUUACAGCCGGGGACUUGGAUUCAGAGGAGAAUGCUGCCCUAACCUACUCCCUGUUACCGGGCCCUGGGUAUGACCUCUUCACCAUCGACUCUCACACUGGCCAGAUCAGCACCUUCACCCAGCUGGACCGAGAGCUUCACCGCAGCUUCAUUCUCAGAGUUCAGGCCCAGGACAGUGGGUUUCCAUCUCUCUCCAGCACGGUGACGGUCCAGUGCUCUGUUCUGGACGAUAACGACAACACGCCAGAGUUUUCCCAGCCCUCCUUCCAUGUCGUGAUCCCAGAGAAUCUUCCCCCAGGGCUCAUCCACACCGCCCAGGCCUCCGACCCUGACAACGGCCCCAAUGGAACUGUCAUCUACUCCAUACAGGGAGAAGGAGCUGAUGGUUAUUUCGCCAUCGACGCUGUGACGGGGACCAUCAGUGCUACUAGGAGUCUGGACAGAGAGGAGAGAUCCAACUACACCCUCAAAAUCACGGCGUCAGACCAGGGCUCCCCUCCUCUCAGCUCCACCACACUGCUCCACCUCACACUCUCAGACGUCAACGACAACAGCCCCUCGUUUGCCCGUAAAAGUUAUCGCGUCUCGGUCAGCGAAGGACUUCCUGCGGGCUCCGAAAUCCUGCGCCUGUUUGCUCGGGAUCCGGACGAAGGCUCCAACGGCGAGGUCGUUUAUUCCCUGUCUGAGGAAACCUCCGGAAUCUUCUCUGUGAACAGCUCCACCGGUGUGCUCAGCCUCUCCAGGCCCCUCGACCGCGAGUCACGCUCCCAGCACACCUUCCGCGCCGUGGCCACCGACGGCUGCCGCCAGGGCCCACGCAGCUCGGUGGUCGCGGUGACCGUACAGGUGGAGGACGUCAACGACAACCCGCCAUCCUGCCCCGGGGAGCCGGUACGCGCGUCCGUUUCCGCGGCGACGGCCCGGCCCAGACGGACUGUGGUCACCGUAACGGCGGAGGAUCCGGACCAGGGUGAAAAUGGGACGGUCACGUUUGGGUUGAUGGAGGAGGACGAGCUGUUUGAGAUCGACGGAUCCUCAGGGGAUGUGCGUCUGAAGACUCGACUUGACGACGGUGUCUCUGGGACGAAGCUGCUGCGUGUUUGGGCUGCCGACCAGGGCAGGCCUGCCCUCACCUCCAACUGCCUGGUCUUCAUUCAUCUGAACGGAGAAGAACUUGGACUGCAGUUCACUGAGAACCUGUAUGAAGUGUCCAUCCCAGAGAACAGCAAAACGGGCUCUUGGGUGGCAAACGUAGUCGCACACGACCAGACCUCGGACGGAGAGACGAUCAGCUACAGCAUUUUCAGCGGCAACGAAAACGGUGCUUUCAGCAUAAACUCCCGAACAGGUGACAUCACUGUGAGGGAUCAGAGUCUUCUGGACUUUGAGGCUCAGAGGAAAGUUCACUUGGUAGUGCUGGCAGAGAACGGUCAGCAGACAGCACAUGCCAGACUGGCCGUCACGCUCCAGGACGUAAACGACAACACGCCGGUCUUCAAACAGAGCUAUUACAGGACAGCCGUGUGGGAGGGGCAGUUACACAACACCUACAUCAUGCAGGUCUUUGCCACUGAUUCUGACAGUGGUGUAAAUGGUCAGAUUGAAUACUCCAUUGUGUCUGGAAAUCACAAUAAUGCGUUCAUCAUCGACUCCGUAAGGGGAAUCUUGGCCACCAAUGCAGUCCUGGACCGAGAAAUUAUCCCGUCUUACAAACUGGUCCUUCAAGCUAAGGACAGGGGUAGUCCUCCUCUCACUGGAACCAGUACGGUCCGCGUGCAGGUUGUGGACAUCAACGACAACAGUCCUGCGAUCCCUCCCAUGGAGCCAGUGCCGGUGGCAGAGAAUUUACCUGUGGGAUACACUGUUACGCAAGUGACGGCCAAUGACGUGGACCUCAGCCCGUCGCUGACCUAUAGCUUUGCAGGAAUGGGUGACACCAAUGGUAGCUUUACCAUAGACCGCUACACAGGAGUCAUAUCCUUAACCAGGAGCCUUGAUCACGAGGCCAGUGAGCUGCAUACGCUGACUGUCCAAGCCUCCGAUUCAGUCCACCAGACGGAGGCUCCCCUCACCAUACAUGUACUGGAUGUGAACGACAACGCCCCGAUCUUCACAAAGGAAUCUUACCAGGUCGUGUUGUCUGAGCUGACACCCUCAGACACUUCGGUGGUGACGGUAUCUGCGACCGAUGAGGAUUCUGGCCUUAACGGGAAGAUUUCCUACAGGCUCCUGUCUUCUCCACUGAGAGGAUUCUACAUCGACUCAGAGACUGGUUCGGUGUUCACCAACAAGCCACUGAAGCACAUUGCCAACGGCAACACAGUCCGGCUCCUCGUAGAGGCGCGAGACAGUGGGGAUCCUGUGCUCUCUAGCGUAACGUCUGUGGACAUAACAGUGGUGGAUGCCAAUGACCAUUCCCCAGUCUUUGAGCAAAGCUCGUAUCAGCUCAGUGUUUCUGAGGACGCGCCAGUGGGCAGCACCCUCCUGACUCUGCUGGCCGAAGACCGGGACUAUUCCGGCCAAAACACCCAACUGGACUACGCCAUCACCAGAGGUAACGAGCAGAGGCAGUUCUGCAUGGAGUCAGUUUCCAUCCAAACAGACACCCAGCAGAGAACACUGGGCCGCAUCGUCCUUUGCGACUCCUUGGAUCGUGAAACCAUGGAAACAUAUGUGCUGACAGUCACUGUGAGAGAUAGGGGAGUUCCUCCACUCAACAGCUCGACUCUGGUGUCUCUUACAGUGCUUGAUGUCAAUGACAACGCGCCGAGUUUCAGUAGUUCAGAGUACCAUAUGCAGGUCAGGGAAAACAGUCCCCCAGGCACGCCACUUAUCCAAGUAUUGGCUCAUGAUCCUGACAAAGGAGCCAAUGGGACGGUGAGGUAUGACAUCAUCUCUGGAAACAGCAAGGGCCGUCUGAGGCUGGACCGUCAAACUGGAGCACUGGAAGUCAGCAGUACUCUGGACUAUGAAGAGGACACCAAAUACACCCUGACAAUCCAGGCGUCGGACGGGGACGGUCCAGUCAACAGGAACGUGGCCUUUGCAGUUGUAUUUAUCUCAGUGUUGGAUGAAAACGAUAACUCUCCUUUCUUCGUGUUCCCCACGGUUAACUGUUCAGUGCUUGAGAACCAACCUGCCUUUACACCAGUGUGUUCUGUCCACGCCGUUGACAACGAUGCCGGAACGUACGGUUUGCUGACCUACUCCAUAACGUCCUCAUGCUUCAUGGACUACGGGAGUGGGAAUCCAGACAGGAAGGAGGCGUUCGCCAUCGAUCCUCUCACUGGAGACAUUCACACCAGACAAACUUUUGACUAUGAAAGAGAGAGUGAAUACUGCUUUGUGGUUGAAGCGCGGGACCAAGGGGAUCAAGUGGCAACAGUGAAAGUGCAGAUAGACAUCGAUGGUGUUGAUGAGUUCAGCCCUGUCUUUACCCAACAGCAGUACCAUUUCUUACUUCCCGAGAACGCAAUGGUGGGCCAGAGUGUGGGCCAGGUGUUGGCUCUGGAUCACGACGGUGGUCUGGAUGGAGUCGUAGAAUACACCUUGGUGGCCCCGUCACCUUUUUUCAACAUCGGCAAAACAACCGGCAGUCUUUACAUCUCGGAUAGAGUGUACCGAACGAAAGGGAACCAGGCAAGUGAGGGCACAGAAGAGCUGUUUGUGAUGGCAAGCAGCCCAAAGCUGGAUUCCAAAUACACCACGUGCCAGGUGGUUGUGAAUAUAACCUAUUCAGGAGAAGCUCUCGGGAGCGUCGCCCUUCGUGUGCAUACAGUCAGUCUCAGCAUAUCUUUAAUUGUCUUCUUCUUGCUGCUGAUCAGUUGCAUUGGCCUUGUCCUGAGGUACAAGGCCAAAGAGGUAGCCUUGAUGAAGGCGGCCUCACUAGCUGCCAACUUAAAUAACGGAACGAGCUCCUUUGGCAGGACGGGCAGUUACCAGCCCAAUUCCAUCAAUCUUCAAGAUUUACAAAUUCCACUGGACCUGCGGGCUAAGAGGGACACUUCUAACCUGUUCCGUAACUCUGACUCAAGUGGACGAGGUUCAGCAGAAGGCGAGACUGCCGAGGACCAGGAGAUUGAAAUGAUUAACGAAUACCCAUUUCACAGGCAGUCUGGCACAGCCCCGACUGAACCGGUACCUAGAGCUCCUGACUCUACAAUCCCUAAAGACUCCGAGUACAUUUCCCGCCGCACAGAACCCGAGGAGCCUGUUUCUGACGCCAGCCUCGGCGCAUGUCUCGCGGCAGCCAUGGCCAGCUCUGAGAGCCUUCACAACUUCAAGGAUGAAGGAGGUGGAGAGGGAAUGCUUCCUCGCAUGGUCAGCAUCAGGGAUGUGGAUGACGCUGUCACAGGCUGCAUGCCCCCAUCUGACCACCAGGGGUCUCUCACCUCUCUGUUGUGCCAAGAGGAGCAGCUAAGAGGCAGCUAUGAGUGGGAAUACCUGCUAAACUGGGAGCCCCGCUUCCAGCCUCUCGCGACCGUCUUCACGGACAUCGCCAUGCUGCCAGGUGAAGGGGACGGAGUAAAAGACAUGGAUCCAGAACUCCAGAGUCUCAUGCACCCUCCUCCCCUUAUCACCGCCGUGGCUCAACCCGGCAUCAGGGCCGUGCCCCCACGAAUGCCUCCGAAGGUACCCACGCUGGGCAGGCGUCCCUCAUACCCUAGGUACACCUACUCGCCCCUACCCCGAAACACGGGGCUAACCCCUUCGGCUAUGACCCCAAGCUUUUCCCCCUCCCUCUCUGUGCUCACCCUCAGAACACCCAGUGCCUCCCCAGUAGUUUCAGAGACUGGUCUGGGAUGCUACACCAAAAUGACAUCCCUGCCCAGUGACAUUUUAACAGAUGGAGAAAUACAGGUGUAG